CCAUACCAAAGAUUUUUUUUUUUUAAAUAACUUAUUACGAUUCUCUAAUAAAAAAUGUGGAUGAUCAACAAGUUUUUCUUCCAUCUUCCAGUUGCAUGCAUGGCCGUGUUGGGUACAGCUCAAACGUUGCCUUCGCAGCCUAUACCUGGACAGGACCCAACAGAUUGUAUGUCAUCCCUGUAUGCUAUUCCGAACUGUCUCCAAGAAAUUGUCCAUUCGUUUGUAAACGGAGAAUUCGGGACUAUUGGUCACUCUUGUUGUCAUGCCUUUUUGGGUCUCAGUGCAGAUUGUAUUACUGAGAGGUUUGCCUUCGCUCCCCAAUUCCCUCCGACUCUAAGGGAUCAUUGUUCCCGACAAUGAUGAUUAUAACAAUUAAUGUCAUAAUCCUUUCUGAGUCUUUUUUUCGAAAUGUGCUAUCAAACAAUGUUAUGUUUCUGCUUAUUAACAACUUUUAACUUCCAUAUAAACACUAUCUUACCAGCUUUAGCCAUAUUUCAUGUUGAUGUAAACAUACUGCGGAUAACUAAAUCAUAAUAAGGAUAUAUUACAAUA